GGGGGGGGGUUUGCGCGGCUAUAAAAGGGACGCACCACGCGCACGACCACCACGCCACAAACGCCCGCGGUCAUUCGAAGCCUUCCGUGGAUUUUCGCGGUCAUGGCGCUUCGCACCUUCUCGUACCUCCGUCGCCAACCCGGUCACGGCCUCCUCGCCUCCCUCGUGGCGGGCGGCGGGCCAGGACCCUUCUUGCCCCGGCAGGGCCCGCGGCCGCCGCAAAGCCACGAGGCACGGGCCUGCUCUGGCUGCGCCCUGUUGCUGCAGGCCCGGCGUUAUUAUUCGUCCAGGAACAGAGCUGAAGGCAAGGUGCUGGAGACCGUAGGCAUUCUGGAAGCGCCAAGACAGGGAAAAUAUGACACUGGACAGUUGUUCCUGCACAGAGUUUUCGGAUACCGUGGUGUUGUGCUCUUCCCGUGGCAAGCGAGGCUCUACGACCGAGAUGCAGCAGGAAAUGACGAUGAAAGGCACGUGUCCAUUAGCAAGUCGGAGCCUCCGGGGGGUCAACAAACGGGAAAGGAGAUGAAGGGGAAGACCCACACAUACUACCAAGUCCUCAUCGAUGCCCGGGAUUGCCCUCACAUUAGUGCACAGACGGAAGGAGUGACGUUCUUGGCCAAUCAUGAAGACAGCCGAGCCCUGUAUGCCAUCCCAGGUCUGGACUAUGUAAGCCAUGAGGACGUUCUGCCGUACAACUCCAUGGACAAAAAUCCCAUCCAGCACGAGCUGUUUGACAGAUUCCUCAACUACGACGCUACCAAGGUACCUGUGUUUACUGCAUGCGACACACUGCACGCGUGGCAGCAGAAGAACCAUCCGUGGUUGGAGCUCUCGGACGUGCACCGAGAAACCACGGAGGGCAUUCGCGUCACCGUCACACCGUUCUACAUGGGUGCCCGGGAAACGCAGAAUGCCCUAGUUUAUUGGUGGAGGUACUGCAUCCGCUUGGAGAACCUCGGAGAGCAGACGGUGCAGCUGAGAGAGCGACACUGGAGGAUCUUCAGCCUCUCGGGCACGCUGGAGACUGUGCGCGGCCGCGGCGUUGUCGGCCGGGAGCCCAUACUGUCCAAAGAGCAGCCGGCCUUCCAGUACAGCAGCCACGUCUCGCUGCAGGCAUCUAGCGGCCACAUGUGGGGCACCUUCCGCUUCGAAAAGCCGGACAGCUCGCAGUUUGACACCCGAAUCCCCCCCUUCUCACUGGAGAGCAAAAAGGACGACGACAACAAGCCAACGCCGCAGGGCUACAACUGGUAGCCGGCCACAACAGCAACGUGGCGGUGUGGCUCAAACGGCGGCCGCCCGUGUCCAUGUUUGCCCCCCAAAAGGGCAGAGGGGGGGGGGCGCUCCCACGCGUUUGUUAGGAGGUUGAGGCAAGGCACUGCACCGCACCUUUCCCAGUUGUUCAGCGAUGGUGAAUUUACCACCGGUGCAACCUCCACCACCACCGCUCGUUCGAAUGUAACAUCCCUCGCAGGUUCUUCGGGUGGUCUGGGGGAGCGCACUGGAUUUUUCAUGUUUGCACUCUGUGAAAAUGCUUUUGCAUACAAGUCUGUGGCUAUUGUCAAACGGGGGUGGGCAUAGAGAUUUAUUUUUCAGGAUUGGUAGUAAAAUAAGUAAAAAGUAAGUAAUUAAAUAUCGUGUUUACUUGUUAAAAAAAAUAAACAUGGGUUUGCCUUUUUUUGAGUUAUUGGGGUUAUAGUGUUUUGCAAGUUAUGUAAUAUUCCAACUUUUACAACGAACACAUUUUCGGCAGGCUGGGUUGGAGCUUUGUUUUAGAAUUAUGAACGUUGAUAUUUGCACGAAAAUAUACUGGGGUGCAAGCAUUCGUGUAAAAUGUAAAUCAGAAAGCGCAGGACAAUGUGGUAUAUUUGACACGGUGCAUGUAUUAACAUUCGGUUCUUUUUUUUUUUACUUUGUCAACACUGACGUGUCCCCAUGUGUAAAAAUGCGUUUAUGUUAAGAUAUGCUAACAUACUAUAUAACCACAACCUGCACAUUUUAUUGCAAUUGUCAAAUUUACUCUGAGAAGGAGUGAAUGUAAGUCUUUGGAAGGCCGACGCACACUGGCAGAGCCGAACAUAACUGGGCAUCUCGUUGCCCAGCUCGAUUAAAUAAAAAAAAUAAUUGUAGAAUG